UACCGACUCAUUGAGUGCGAUUCCGAACGCAGCCAGAGCUUCGCCGUUUUAAUCAGGAUUUGGCGCGGUUUUGAUAUUGGUUUCGCCUCGCGGUGCUGACGUCAUCACUCACGCGCGUCAGCUUGGAGGUUUCUGAGAUCUCCUCUUUCAGUGAAGCUCCUCCCACAACAAUCACUCCUUCAGUUAAGCUCCUCCCACUGCUGUUCAGCACUUAAUGCUGGAAUAAAUGCUGGAACACACUGAACAACAAACAGGUUUUUGGGUCCUGCUGCAGAUGAAGCCUGUCAGUAUGUGACUGGAAUUCUGGGUAAAAACCCGUUACUCCUGAGAGAGCUGAAACUGAGUGGACAUGAACUAGGAGACACACGAGUGAAUCAGAUCGCUGCUCUACUGCAGGAUAAACACUGUCAACUCAACACACUGAUUCUGUAUAGAUGCAGUAUUACAGAGAAACAGUGUCUCAUCCUGACUUCAGCUCUGAAAUCAAACCCAUCACACCUGAGAGAACUGAACCUGAGCUGGAAUAAACUCGGAGACUCUGGAGUGAAACACCUCAGUGAUCUACUGAUGAACACACAAUGCAAGCUGCAGAAACUAGUUCUGUAUGGAUGCAGUAUUACAGAGAAACAGUGUCUCAUCCUGACUUCAGCUCUGAAAUCAAACCCAUCACACCUGAGAGAACUGAAGCUGAGCAGGAAUAAACUCGGAGACUCUGGAGUGAAACACCUCAGCGAUCUACUGAUGAACACACAAUGCAAGCUGGAGAAACUAGUUCUGUAUGGAUGCAGUAUUACAGAGAAACAGUGUCUCAUCCUGACUUCAGCUCUGAAAUCAAACCCAUCACACCUGAGAGAACUGGACCUGAGCUGGAAUCAAAUAAAAAACACAGGAGUGAAUCACUUAUGUGACGUACUGAAGGAUUCACGCUGUAAACUGGAGAGAUUGAGUCUUUAUGACUGUGGCAUUACAGAUGUUUCUUCUUUAACUCAGUCUUUGAGAAACACAAAAGCUCUGCAGUUUCUAAAAGAGCUUCAUCUGAGUUAUAAUAUGAUUGGAGACUCAAAGCAGCAGCUCAUCGAUGUGCUACGAGACUCAAACUGUAAACUGAGUGUAGAUACACAUCCAUCACCAGAAGAUGAUAAAUGCUGUAUAUCAUAGUUUGAAGUCGUCUUGAGAGGAGCAGUAAACAUCAGGUGAAGAUCCACAGAAGAGCUGCACUACUGCGUCUAUGAGGAGAAAUAAAUGUGUGAUAAAUGUGUAAAUGUGAUCCAUACACGUGAAGAGACUCAGACUUUACAAUGAAAUAAUGCAGCAUGUGUGUUAGAAACAUGAUAUUGAAUGAUUAAUGUUGCUUUAGUAUUCAAACUAAUGAUCAUUUUGUUUAAUUUAAAGCUGGAACAGAGGAAGAAGCUCAGAUGAGUCUGUCUGUGCAGCACUUAAAUGUAUCUAAAUAUAUAAAGCAAAUCUUCAAUGUGUGAAAUUUCCAUGUUACUUAAAACAUUUACAUGAGCUCUCUUACAUUUUAUACACAUUGUUAUUCUGUUUAAUGUUAUAUUAAGUUAGUUAUGUGUCUGUCUGUUACUAACAAUCACAAAUCCUCUCAUUACAACAAAAGCAGAAACACAAUGUAAAUAAAAGAUGGAUUGUGCAGUUUUGACAGAUGAAUUGAUUAAAACGGGAGUUUUCACACAGUGAGUUUGUGCUGAACUGACUGACAGCUUCAGUGUUUAUAAAUGCUGUGCCUUUUACUCGAGGUUUGUGUCGUUUUAUUCACAAUUUGAAGAAAAGUUUGUUUUUCAUGAAACUGUGAC